AAAUCAUGUUUUGGCUAUCAAUGCAGCUAGCCAAUAGUCUGUCUUCACUGUUUUAACCAUCUCAGUUCAUGCCCUGUACAACAACGCUUCUUGACAGCUCCAGCCUAUGCUUGUCACAAAUAUGAAUGCCUUCUGACGAGGUGCCUUGCUUCAUCAGGAAUCCUGGAGUGUUUAACUUGUAAAGCGACUCUCUGGUCUAUAGAGUUGUACAGAGCUUGAUUCUUUAAUGGAGGAUACAUGGAAGCUACGCUGUGCGAACUUGGAUUCCUUCAAUUCUGGCGUGUCCGCCAGAGUUUUUGCGAAAACAGCUGGACUGAUGCUGCGCUCGACUUUUUGUCUCCUGUGAAUGCGCCAACCCACGAGAGCGAGGGGUGUUUCGGAUGCGCUGCUCCGUGGCAAAGAGCGACGAGAAGAGAGCUUUUACUGAACAGCGGCUCGCAGGCGGCGUCAACUGUUUUUACUCGGCUGUCGUUUCCGCUUGUUAACUCGAAGAGACAUGGAUCUUUGCCUGGUCUUCCCUGCGAUCUGAGUCUCGUAUCUCCUACUUCUGUUGUAAUGAGAAGCGGGAAGCGUCGGUGGGAGUGUUCUUCCCAAACACAGUUUUAAUCACCGAUCAGCAACGUCAGCAACGAGGAAGAGAAAAAAAUACAAUCACUUCUGGAGCCUCCCCACGAGACGCUGCUUCCUUUCCUGUUCCAGCGUGAUCCACUGUAUCUUCAUCCGACAGGCGGGAGACUGUUUCACAUCAUGCGCUCGUCCCCCUUCCACGCUUUGACAUCUUUAUUUUCUCUGGUGGCCGUCCGCGUGUGCCUGCUUUUGCAUAUGUCUCUCGUGAACGCGUCUGUCUGCGGCGUUUCGCUCACAUCUUCAUUCAUCUCCUCCGCUUCUCAGUCUCUCCUUUCUCUCUUCUUCCUCGCCUGCCUCUGCCUCUCUUCCAGUGUCUUAGGCUCUUCUCUGUCGACGCGGUCCGCUGGCGAUACCGCCUUUGUCUCCCUCUCUUGCGUAAGCGUAGUCGACACCCCCCAGAGGGGAGGCGUCUUGUGCCCCCGACUUUCUUCUCAUGCGUCGUCUCUUCUUGCUUCGUUUUGUCCCCCCUCAUUUCUCUUUUCUGGGCGUCCUUCUUUGUCGGCCGCAUCUCACAACCGCCCCCCAAGACAAAGAACCGGUUUGAGAACUGAGAGCUGGCGCACCUCGAGAUGUGAGAAGACCCUUUGCCCUCGCCUCUUAUUUGCGCGUGAGAGUCACAUAACUCGUUCUUCAGGCUUCGCGAGAAUGGAGGAACGCAUCCUUCGCUCUUCCUGUCUUCUCUCAGAGCGAAUCCACUCAUGUGGAUCAAAAGGCGAAAGAAGAACAGUGCCCCACUCGACGUCGAUGUCUGCUGGCUGCAGCGGUAUUUUCUCAGAAAAACUCCCCAAGAAAUUCAGCGAGAGACUCUUGCCUCUCCGUCUGUCAGUGACCAGUGUUCAGGAGGACAAGCGACACUUUGAGGAAUCUGCUUCUUUCGCUCCUGCGUCCGGUUUCGCUUCUCCGGCCUCGCCAUCGACUUCCCUUUCUACAUUUCCUUCUUUCUUGCUUUCGCUGUCUGCCUGUGCCUCGUUGCCGCCCUCUAUUUCUUCCUCUUCAACUCAGGCUUCCUCUACAUCUCCAUCUUCUUCCUCAACUCUGUCUUCUUCUUUCUCUUCCUCAUCACUUCCCGCUUCAUCUCCAGCUUCUCCGUCGCGGUCCUCUGCCUCUGCGUCUCCGAGUUCCUCUGUCUCCUCUGUGGCGCCUCCGCUUGCGUCGGCUGUCCCCUCUCGGGGCGUGGUGUUCAUCCUGGGUCCGACGGGCGUCGGAAAAACUCGCCUGAGUGUGGAAGUCGCUCUCGCUCUUCAGCGCAGAGGCCAGGCGGCCGAAAUUGUCAGUGCGGAUUCUAUGCAGGUCUACAAAGGCUGUGACAUCGCGACUGCAAAAGCCUCCGUAGAAGAGCAGAAACAAGUGCCACACCAUCUGCUGGACAUCUGCGAUGUCGACUCUCACUUCAGCGUCUUGCGCUUUCUCCAGCUGGCAACUCAAACGAUUGAGGCUCUGCAUGCGCGAGGUGUCUUGCCCAUCGUCGUGGGCGGGACUCAGCUGUAUCUCCAACACCUUCUCUGGCGUUCGCUUCUGGACCGCUAUUUGCACGAGGACUUGGAAUCGGAGAUGCAAGACAAAUCAAGCGGUUCCUGUUCGCCGCUCGACGGAUUCUCCACCGAGACACUCUAUGCGGAACUGAAAAAACUCGAUCCUGAAAGGGCAGCUCACUUGCAUCCGAGAGACAAGCGACGCAUCAUACGCAGCAUCGAGACGACUCAGAGCACAGGAGUGCCUCACAGCGAACUCAUGCGUCGGGAACGCGAAGCGAGCAUUCGAGAAGGUCUGAGGUACCCUAGCUGCAUUCUCUGGCUCGACUGCAGGGACGAAGCAGUCCAUCGACGCAGACUAGAAAAACGAGUCGAGCAAAUGCUUCAAGCUGGGCUCCUCCAGGAGUGCGAGUGGCUGCUCGACACCUUAGGCCUCUACGAGGGCCGCGGAGAAGGAGCUCGUGUUUCAGACUCUACGGCUCCCGAAGAAGGCGCGAAGGAGACAGGAAGAGAACCGGAGAAAAAACGGGUGAAGACGACGGCUGAGCGCGGUGUCUCCUCCGACGGAAACGCGACGGCUGCGACCGUUCCAGGCGACGCCAAGGGAGACACCACGCUUGUGGAGACAAGCGGAGACAGUGCGUGCGAGGACAGGGCCUCUCGAAAAGCAGAGCCUGCCGCUGGAGGCGAGACGAGAUUGCCUGGAGUGCUUCAGAGUAUAGGCUACAAAGAAUUCAUCCCCUUCCUGCUUCACCAAAGACAAAAACAACGUCAACAGACACCGACCGCUUCCACUUCCGCUUCUACUGGGUCUUCGUCUUGCUCUUCUUCAUCGACGCUCUCGGAUAGUUCUUCCUGUCGCUUUGGAUGUCCCGCGGGCACUCUGUGUCCGCCAACACUGGCCUCUGCGGCAGCUUGCCUGGUGACGCGGUCGUGCCAGUACGCGAAGAAGCAGCGCCGCUGGAUUGUCAACAAAUUUCUUCUUCGCCAGCAGCACUUGCCUCUCUAUCUCCUCGACACCAGCCACGCUGAGAACGAACAAGCGUGGCACGACGAAACGCACGAGCCUGCGAUUCGAAUUGUCCACGAGUUCCUCAACAACAAGCCUUUCACGGAGGACCAUCCUCAUGCUGCAGCUGCACACCUGUCUGAAGCAGAAAAAGCUAAACGCGAGAGACUCAAGGCUCUGUCUGGGCAAGCUUCAGGUGUCGCGUCCACAAUAGGAAAAGACCCGUGGGUCGACGGCGGUCUCAACCGACCGCGAACGUGCACCCUGUGCAAUCGAACAUGCAUUGGCGAGACAGACUGGCUGGACCACGUGAAGUCGAAAGCUCACCGGGCUCGCACGAAGAAGGAAAAUGCAGGGAAGAAGGACUUGGACAACACCGAGGAGCAGGAGACAAAGGCGAUAGAAGUUUCCAUUUCAGCCAACGAAAAAUCAGAGUGCUAAGGGGUUUUAGGGACGCGUACCAACGAGAGAAAUACAGGGAAGAAGAACUUUUAAAACACUCGCAAGAGACAAUGGAGAGAGAUGCGUCCUUGUCAAAGUCCGAAGAAACAGAAUGCUAAUAUACUGUGCGACAAGGGCAAAGCAAGUUCUCCCUUCCGUCCUAAACAGUGGCGGCGCUGAGACCUGCUGUUUUGCGUUACCGAGUCACUUAACUGUUGCGCCGGUUUUUUUAAUAGGUUUCUGUGAGAAAUCUUUACAAUGCGUUAUUAGCGAAUAGGGCUACUUAGAGGGCUAGGUACCUAUACGGCUAGUACUGGAUCUUUGCGCCCGACCAACAGACCUGGGACCUCGUGCAGGAGGUAAAACUACAUUCCCAUGGUACCUAUGCAUGUAUUGAGAAUUGAUAUCUCAAAUCGAUAAAAGAAGAUCUGAUAGUACAGAAAGAACAAUUCUCGGUGAAGUUGAAAGUCCCCAAUCGAAAACUGAUUACACACAGACAUUGUGGUACAGACCAACAGUAUAUGGUGUAGCUGCGAGUUUUACGUUCUUCAGGCAGAAUCGUAGAUCGGCC